ACAUAACGUGUAAAUAAGUGUUCUGAAUGUUUCUACAGCUUUAAAAAUGUUUAAAUAUUAAUAUUUUUUUCAAAAAUUGAAAUUACCUAUUUACGCUGUAUACUAGGUUAAAUAUCAAAAAAAUUUAAUAUUUCAUUUAAUUGAGCUUGGAUUGUGUUGAGACUUUAACAUAACGUGUAAAUAAGUGUUCUGAAUGUUUCUACAGCUUUAAAAAUGUUUAAAUAUUAAUAUUUUUUUCAAAAAUUGAAAUUACCUAUUUACGCUGUAUACUAGGUUAAAUAUCAAAAAAAUUUAAUAUUUCAUUUAAUUGAGCUUGGAUUGUGUUGAGACUUUAACAUAACGUGUAAAUAAGUGUUCUGAAUGUUUCUACAGCUUUAAAAAUGUUUAAAUAUUAAUAUUUUUUUCGAAAAUUGAAAUUACCUAUUUACGCUGUAUACUAGGUUGAAUAUCAAAAAAAUUUCAAUAUUUCAUUUAAUUGAGCUUGGAUUGUGUUGAGACUUUAACAUAACGUGUAAAUAAGUGUUCUGAAUGUUUCUACAGCUUUAAAAAUGUUUAAAUAUUAAUAUUUUUACUCAAAAAUUCAAAAUACCUAUUUACGUGUCAAUUGGGGAAACACCCCUCCUUGUUACGACUACUUGUGUGCUUACUGCUUUUGUUUGUGAUAAUGCUAUAUCACAGUUGUAUUGUUUAAGACAGUAACUUUAUUUAAUGUACAUCAAUACAGUUUCUCAUGUUAAUGACUCUUAUUUACUUAGACAUACGAAUUACGAAUUACGAUUUACGAUUUACAACAUACGAUUUAUGAAAAAUAUGGCUAGCCCUAUUUUUCGCCGUCUUCCCUCUGGGGAACUUCGUCUGGUGUGCACUCCUGCUGCGAAGAGGAUCGGGAACGAGAAGAAAGGGAAUCUACCAAAAGCAUGUCUCCCUCCUGCUCAGGUAAGAUCACAUGCCAUACAGGCUGUGAAGCAGAGGAGUGGCAACCCUGAUGACAAGCUCGAUGUACUUGGUGAGUAUCUGAUCCAGUUUGGAAAGUACAAAGGCCAGUCAUUCAAGUGGAUGCUCGAGAACGACCUGGGUUAUACGGUUUGGUUGAUGUCGAAUAUUCGUAAUGAGGUUUUGUCAAAAUCAAUGUUAAGCCAGAAUAAAGCUGCUUUUAAAUGUUAUGUAGAUUCAUUCGAUGAAGUACGAGCCUGUGUCCAGAACCGUGUGAAGAGAGAAGCUGAGAAGAACCAACCGUCCACUUCAAAGAAGACGCAAGAUAAACCCUCAGGCUCUAAGCCUAAAACUGUAUCGAUGUAUCCUUUGGCUAGUUUAGUGUCUGGGAGUGUGUCUGACUCUAGGUUAACAUCUAAAUUGAAAUCUUUACAGCAUCCUAUUUCUUUCAGCCCCUAUGUUCCAAAACGAAGAAGAAAUGAAUCCGGUUUCUCCUCCGACUCUGCUGAUGAUGCUGAAAUGUGUGAGAUAGUGGAUAAAUUUGAAAAGGAGUACAAGGAAGAACAAGCAGGACCAUCAACUUCAGGGGUAAGUAUCUCACCGAGAACCAUUGCUACACAAACCACUAGCAGGGGAUUCUCACCGAGCCGGAGCAUUCGAUUCCCACCGAACACAAGCAUAGGAUUCGCACCAGAACUGAAGAUAGCACCGAGGGCAGCACCGAGAGAAGCACCGAAGACAGCACCGAGGGCAGCACCAAGGCCAGCACCGAGGGCGGCACCGAGGGCUGCACCGAGGGCAGCACCAAGGGCGGCACCGAGGGCAGCACCAAGGACAGCACCGAUGCAGACAACUUCUUCCACACGUCACGAAGCAACGCUUAUUCCACCAACCGCAGCAAUGCCUUUGCCUGAUGGGUGGAAGACAUCACUUCCCACAGCAGACCACUCAUGGAUAGCUCAGGCACUAUUCAAACGCAACCUAAAAACGGGGAAACCAGAACUCGACUUGGCUAGAAUUGAUAAACUGUGGUGGGAUCCUCCCCAGCCAUCACUACAAUGCGCACAACCGCCAAAUCCUGGAAGAUAUUUCGCGCAUAGAUUACUGCUGUGGAUGCCAAGAAAACUCUGGAGAGCUAUAUUUAUUUGUCCUCAACCAGGCUGCUCUAAGGAACUUACAAGUGCUGGCUUAUAUCAUCACACUCGACAGGUGUUGGACAUUGAUGACAUUUAUAAUUUAGCGGCAGAAUAUCUAGAAUGCUCGAAAUGCAAGAAAAAAUUCAUCAGUUGGAGUCGAGCCAUUGUAGAUCAGUUAGAUGUGGGCCACAGAACACAAUUUACACCACUCCUGUCGUACCAGCUUGCUUGUGAUGUUAGAGUGAUUAGAAAUCUUCGUCAACGAGGUUUGGGUAACAGCUCCACUCAGCUUCAAAAACAGUUGACGGAACAGCACAGCGAGCGAUGGUUAUUCCGGAACGUUCAGUAUAUGACUGAUUGCCAGCACUUCAUGAAGGCCCACGAAGGAGGAUUGAUCUUGCCGCCCACGUUCGAAGAACCACCUAGCUUCAAACCUAUUCCCACAUACAAAUGGAUUCUGACGAUGUACGUGUUAGACGUCUUGCCCCGCGUCAAUGAGAUUAAAUCUAAAAUCACGUCAAUCUUCGGUAAAGUUUUAAAAAUGGAUUCCACAAAAAAAAUCACGAAAAAACUGGCGGGAGAAGCUAAAGGAACAUUGUCAUGGGUCACCAACGUGGGCAACGAAUACGGCCAAGUCCUCAUGUCGGUACUAACCGAAGGAGAAGGUAGUUUAAACAACAUGGCCGACGGAUUGAUGGAAAGAUACUCCAAUGCCAGUGUCCCCCCGCCAGACCUUAUAUAUGUUGACAGAGGAUGUUGUUGUUCAAGUCGCCCUAACGUAAACAAACUAUUUCAUAAGUGGGAAACAACAACCGUCCGUCUGGACAUUUGGCAUUUUAUUCGAAGAAUUGCUGUAGGCUGUACAACCGAGUCCCACCCUCUUUAUGGUAUUUUUCUGGGCCGGUUGUCCAGAUGCAUCUUCGAAUGGAGUAAUGAGGACUUGGACCAAUUAAUUCGAGCUAAAUUGUCGGAGCUGGUUAGCAGAGGUUUUCCAAAUCCUUCCUCUGCUGAUGCACUUAGCCGAAUUACCAAAAAGGAACUUGCGAAACACUGCCGCCGCAAAACAAGACCCAAAGAGCAAAUAAAACAACUGAUAGGCCAACUGAUUGAAACAUUUUCUGGGGAGCAGGGACGUGAUACACUAGGGGUACCACUUUUAGAUGCGGAACGCACAUCGCUGAUAUGGAAAGAGCAGCAGCAGCAUGUAAAGUGUAUCACGGAUCCUGAAAAUUAUGCAUUGUAUAUUCAAACGGGACAAUUAAAAAAGGGCGACAUAAUGCUAAAAACUUACAGAUGUGCACGAGGGUCAACGUCACUGGAGUCGUUUCACUUGCACUUAAACAGAUUUAUUCCAGGUACAAGUGCAAGUGAUUUGCACUUUCAAACCUAUCUGUUGGAGGGGAUAUCGAGAUGGAAUUCUGACCGCGCUGCUGCUGCUAUAUCCUCUCCUACAACGAUCUCCAGCUACAACGCAACAGUGCUCCACGCUGCCAACGAGCUGAAAAAGUCUGUCUUUAAACAAGAAAUGCCACACGGUGCCAUACACCUGGGACAAUAUACAGGUGAACUCAUCGGUGUGGAGUACCUUUUCAGCCAAACGGGAGCAGUGUUGAACACCCUCAGCGAUCCUGAUGAGCCUGCAGACACGUUGCUGCUGUCCGAUGACGAUAUCAAUUUAGACGAGGGCUUCCAAGAACAAGAACAAGAAGAGGAAGGUGAUAUCGCGGAAGCUACAUUGGACAGUUUGCUUCCAGAUACCAACAGGCUCUCUUCUGGUGUGUCAGUAGUUGGACCUACAUUACAAGCGAGUAGUUCCGCAAACAUAUCGCCACCACCAGACUCAGGAUCCACGUCGUAUUCAUCCUUACCCAGCACCUCCACUUCUGCAUCAGAACCGUUGGCAACCGAUGCAGAGGUGUGUGUGGGACCGUGCAACAUCCCUGGCUACGACAAGGUUAGUUCUUUGGCAAUUCGCCUGGUCUCUCUUAUGGAGUGUACCGGCGCGUUGACAAACGAGCAAGCCUUAGACAUAGCCAGGCUGUGGCACGCGUUGGAUGAAUACGACAAGCGUCCUACGGUGUUUGCCCCUCGCCACCGUACCACGCUAACCCAGGGAAGAUUUAAGGCUCCAAAAAGAAAAACUACAGUGACCCCUGGAGUCGAAAGUACAAAACGAUGUUUCCUGGGUGCUUUCACUGGUCCUGCUCAAUGGCCCGACUGCAACCGGUAUGUGGAAUCUACCAUCUCCAAACUGUGCGACAUACACGCUGGUCCAGAACGUCGACAGAAUAAAACUACACAGAGAUGGACAUUGAUUACCGCGUCUUAUAAAAAAAUUCGUGACUGCGUGAUGAACAACAGUCGGGUCAUGGCAGAAUGCAACAUUCAGUUGCCGGAUAUUAACCGCAAAACUUUAACCCAAUGGUACAACAACAAACAGAAGAAACGUGAGGCAGAGGUUUUGCUACAAGGAAUCCGAAUUACAGAACCAGCCAUGGCCUCUUCACAGCCUCUGCCUCCAGCUAAAGAAAUUCCAUGCAGGCCCCCGGUAGUUAACUUUCCGACUCCAUUAACAUUUAUUCUACCUGCAAACACUACCGGUGAAGCAAAGCUACGCUUAGUUACCCCAAGAGCUGAACCUCUAUUCCGCAAACCCACCAACCCAGCUCCUUCCAGAAUUCAAUUGAGACCCAAUACAUCAACACAACACCACCAACUGGCACUCCUCCUCCAAUGUCACGCAGCAAAAGGAAUUAUUUAAAACGAAAACAACAGGACGAGCUAGUGGGUAUUGUGAAGAGGCUAUACCACAGAACAGUGGAGAUAAAAUGCAAGCAGUGCAAUAAAAGAAGAGAUUUAACCACACAUAAACAAUAUUUUGGUAACUGGCAUUGUUGCAUGGAAACGAGUCCGGUAACACCCCA